AUGGCGCCCAUUUAUAAAGUUGCUGUAAUUCAAUUCGAACCAAAGGCCAUCGUUGUCGAAGAAAACUUUGCAAAAGCAGAAAGUUAUCUUCGCUCAGCCGCUUCAAAGGGAUGCGAUAUUGCAAUUCUCCCUGAAUUCCAUUUAACAUCAUGGGUCCCCGAGCAUCCCGAAUUCAUAUCGGCUAGCAAGACAUCAACAGGAUAUCUCCCAAAAUACCAAGCUCUAGCUAAAGAACUCAACAUCAACAUCGUUCCUGGCACAAUCUGCGAAGUUCAUGUAGUUCCCGAUUCUAAAGAUGAGGAGCUCCGCAACAUGGCAUACUUCCUUGCCGCAGGAACAGGCGAGAUUUGUGGCUCUUAUCAGAAGAAGAAUCUUUGGCAUCCAGAGCGUCCGCAUUUAACUUCUUCGACGCAUACCCCUCAUACUGCAUUCGACACACCACUCAAGCCCGCUGAUGGGAGACCUGUACGCGCCGGUAUGGUGAUAUGCUGGGACUUGGCAUUCCCCGAAGCGUUCAAAGCGCUUGUCAACGAUGGUGCAGAUAUUAUACUCAUACCAUCAUACUGGUUUAUGGAUGACAAUGGCGAAGAGGGAGCCUGUCUCAACCCCGAUUCUGAACGCAUCUUCUUGAAUUGUACACUUACAGCACGAGCCUUUGAGAACACGGCCGCGAUUGUGUUUUGUAAUGCUGGAGGCCUGAGUUGUGUGAACAUGCCAAUCCUGGGAGCAUUGGGAAGAAUUGAGGUUGGUGAGGAGAAGAUGGAGAUUGUGGACUUGGACUUGGAUGUGUUGAGGGUCGCGGAGGAGACAUACAAGAUCAGGAUGGAUAUGAAGAGUGAGGGAUGGCAUUACAAGUAUAACAUGAACUCGGGUUCAAAGGCAUAG